CGACAGGCUUGGUAAGUAAAAAGUUAGCGAAAGAUUACAAAGGAUCGAAACAUGGGCUCUAAUCCGUUGAAAUCGGUAUGAACACGGUUGUAAACUGUUUUUCCUUCCGUGGCGAUUCGAAAGGCUGUCAUUCAUUCCUUCGUUUGGAAAUGACAACUUACUGUAGCCUGGCCAGGUGACAUGGCAUAAUAUGGUGUGGGAAGUGAAGACUCAGUCAGUGCCCCAAAGAGUCCAGAAAUCCCAGACACAUUGCUCAGGCAUGGACGAGGCCUUCGAUUUGCUCAAGUGUAACGAGGACCUGCCCUCCUCACCAGGUUGCCCCUCCAGUGACAGCCACAUGGAAUAUGAUGACCUGCCAGAGCUGCAGGAGGUGCAGGAUGACCAGUCGUCCCAUGCGGUGUUCCAAGUGACUCCAGGUGUGUCUCAUGAGGAGAGGACAGGGCAAGGCAGGAGCCUGCAGUCAGAGAGCAGCUCCUCACACACCAACUGGCUGACAGAGUUGGCCAACAUCGCCACCAGCCCCCAGAGUCCCUUGCUGCAGAAUGCCCCCCACAACCGGUCCUCUCCUGUGAACAUCUUCGCCAGCAGUAACAGUUUACAUUCCUAUGCCCGGCCUCCUUUGGCCUCCAGCAGCGCUCCCAGCCCUGCUCGCAGCCACAUGAGAGAGCGCCGCCGUGUGCGGGCCAGCAGCGAGUCAGAGUCGGGAAUAUUCUGCAUGUCCUCUCUGUCAGAUGAUGAUGACAUGGGGUGGUCCCAUUCUUGGCCCUCCACUGUUUGGCACUGCUUUUUGAAAGGCACACGUCUGCGCUUCCACAAAGGGCCAAAUGUGGAGUGGCAGGAUGUAGAGGACCUGGCUGAGUCAGAGGAUGAGUCCGAUGAUGAAGGAGGCAUGCACUUCAGUCCCAUUAAGAAUUAUGGAUCUGAGGGGUUGAAGCUUGUGGCCCUGGAGGAGACUGUGUCUUUUGGUCAGUCUGUUCUGAAAUUAACUUUUGACCCCGGUUCUCCAGAGGCUGGACUUAUAACUGCUGAGUGCCAAUUGGAUCAUCCAUUUUAUGUGAGGAAUAAAGGGUGGUCCUCCUUUUAUCCGAGCCUUACUGUGGUGCAGCACGGCAUCCCUUGUUAUGAAAUGCAGAUUGGUGAUUUGUGUCUGCCACCAGGACACCGUGAUGCCAUCAACUGUGACGACUCGACUGUUUUUGACACCUUCAGGAGUUACGAUUUUACCCCUCUGGACUCCUCUGCUGUGUAUGUGCUGAGCAGUAUGGCACGCCAGAGAAGAGCCUCGCAGUCUAGUGGGGGCACAGUGAGCCCAGACUGUGACAAACUGGAGCGAUCUGGCUCCUCCCACCACUCCUCUAGUAGCAAAUCACAGCGUAGCCACUCCUCAGGGAGCAGUGGAGCCACACCCACCAAAUGCAAACGGCCAAUGAACGCUUUCAUGCUUUUUGCUAAAAAGUAUCGAGUGGAGUACACACAAAUGUAUCCUGGAAAGGAUAACAGAGCCAUUAGUGUGAUUCUGGGUGAUAAGUGGAAGAAGAUGAAGAACGAGGAGAGGAGGAUGUACACCAUGGAGGCUAAAGCGCUGGCUGAGGAGCAGAAACGCCUCAACCCUGACUGCUGGAAGCGCAAGAGAACCAACUCGGGCUCUCAGCAGAACUAGCCUGAGGAGCGUCGCAGACUUAUAAAACUGGACAGAGAGAAACCGACCUAUAGACUCCACCUAUCUUGCCUUCACCUAUAAGAGUGAUGGGGCUUAACUGUGAUGCUAAAAAAAAAAAGAAAUAAAAAAAGAAAUAAAGUGAUACAACUUCAAG